AUGCAGACGGCGGAGCUCAGUCCGACACGAAGUGAUAGCGCCAUUGGACAGACUGAGGUGAAAAAAUCGCGUAGGGCGCGACGUUCUGCAUCUGCAAUCGAGGAGGAUACGAACACAGCCGCCACGCCAAACGGCGGCAAAGAUUUAUGUGAGACGCCUACUCCAUUGCUGGCCGUCAAAAAGACAUCACCGACUGGCGCGGUAGUUGUAGCAGGUGCUAAUUGUAUGCCAGUUGCCAGCUCGGUUAUGCAACAAGAACCGCAAAAACAACAACGCGCACAUACCAAGUCAAGCAAUGCAAAUAGCAGCAGCAAAAAUGCUUCCGAUGCAGUCAAGCAGCUUGAAGUGUGCAACAGCGCACACGCCACCGACGAUGACGAUGUCUUCUAUGAUGCACGCAGCGAGGACUCGGGAGGUACGGCACACAGCGCUGCGUCGAGCAAUCUGCUGCGCCAACAAGGCACGGCGACAGUCAAAAGCAGAAAUGAGCGAUGCUCGUUACUCCGGGAUAUGACUGCAACGAGCCCUGAAUCCAACCGAGGGCAGCACAAAGAAGCACAACAAAAACAACCACAAGGGUGGCAGCAGCGUUUUGCCAGCGGCAGUGACAUUAUAUCGGACACAUACAGCGCCGUCGCCCCACUGCAGUCAGGUCCUGUGAAUGACGAGGACAAUGCGACCACAGCACAAACGAAAUCCAAGGACACGCUUGCGGCUACCAGCGAGAGCGUAAGAACUGAACGAACAACGAAAAGCGCAACGACCAAAAGCGACGAAGCAAAUGCAGCUGCCAAAUGUGCACAAGCUGGCGCUGAAGCUGAAGCUGAAGAUGUGACUAAUGUUGCUACAAAUGGAGCAACAGGGUCCUCGGCGAUGGCAUUGAACCUGGACGAGGCAACAACGGCAACAGUGGCCACUACAGCUCUGGCAAGUGAGCAACAUAAAGAUGUGGGUGGCAGCGGAAGUGCUGGCGGGGGCAGAGAUAGUCAUUCGCGCCGAGAGAAAAAGAGGCGCGGCGCCAGCAGCAGCAACAGCAGAGAAUCGUCUAGCAGGCAGCAUAAAGCUGCUGCGACGCCGGUUAUGACUAUAAGUUGCGACACAUGUUGCCAAGUGGAAUGCGAACAAUACCAACAGCAGCAGCAGCAGCAGCAACCGAAAACGCCACAACAAAAACAACAGCAAACACCGUAUCCACAAGCAAGCCGCCGCCAUGAAUCGCGUGCUGAGUCGAAAAACAAAAUAAGCAAAGAAAGAGCGAACAAAAUAAAAGACGAUAAAAGCAGAGAGAGUAAUGAAGCAACAACAACAGUAACCGCAAGUGGUGGAGCAGUAGCGCCACUUGAGAGGGGUGAGCAAUCAACAAUUACGACAACAAUGUUAACAAAUAAGGCAAAAGAUGCGACAAAGCUGGGAGACUCGAUGGCAUGCGCAGCAGCCAUGUUGCCAAGCACGAGAGCAGCUGCAGCCGAAGAAUACAUUACUCAGCAGACUGCAGGUGGAGCAGCAGCAACAACAACAACCACAACAACGAGCACAACUAAUGCUCCAGCCACUGCCGCUCAGCCGCAAGCAGCAGCGAUUGUAGCGCCAAUAACAAAUCCAAAUCAAAUUGGCGCGCAAACUGACAACAAGUCUGAGUGCGGUGAAAAUGCCAAGGUUUAUAGCAGCAUGAGUCCACAACAUGUUGCCGAACCUGUCACUAACAGCAGUGCCGCAACUGAACAGGCAGUUAGUUCGAGUUUGACAAGUCUGCAAAACGAAACAAUACCCGCAUUGGUGGUGGGCAGACCAACAGACGUUCGGAAGCUGUCAACCACAGCAACACCAACAAAAGCAACAAUCAUUAUAACACCAGCUGAACCAACAGCAGGAACAGCUGCAACCAUAACACAGUUAACAACAACAACACCAACUAACGAUACAUCAGCGCCAGCAAUGGAAUGCGCUACAUUGGCUGCUCAACUGUUAACAGCAGCAACAAAGUCAACAGCAACGCUGACGCCCACCGCAACAGCGUCGUCAUCGACGACGACAACAGCAAUGCGCGAUGCCACUGUGCCAACAGCAGCAACGACUUCGCCAGCAACCAGUGCGGCCAACUCUACAGCCAGUUGUAUUUCGGAUAUCGCAGGUGUCGCUACGCUUUCGUACAG